AUGUGACGGUCGGGAGACUCGGGACUGUAGUACUUAACGACUGCCGUUUAGUGCAGAUUAUCCCGGUCAAAAAAAUAAAUAAAAAUAAAAUAAAAACACACAAACGAGACGAGUUAGCUUGACAACGGAGAGGUUUUUAUUUUCUCUUAAUGUUGAAGGGGCUUCCAAAAAAAGUUACUCGUAAAUGUAGUCCAACACUUAGUAAACCGAGAUCUCGACGGUUAGCGCGCGAGCUGUCCCCUGCUAGCGUCUUGAAGUAAAGUAAAAACGAAGUAAAAGCGAAGUAAAGAUGGAGUUGGAGGAGGGUGUGCUUUACCAGGAGGACCCGGGCACUUCUGCGAUGAUGUCCGAGCGGGUGUCCGGCUUGGCGAGCUCCAUUUACCGCGAGUUCGAGCGGAUGAUCGGCAGAUACGACGAGGACGUGGUGAAGGAACUUAUGCCGCUGGUCGUGGCGGUUCUGGAGAACCUGGACUCGGUGUUCGCGGUGAACCAGGAGCACGAGGUGGACCUGGAGCUCCUGAAGGAGGACAACGAGCAGCUCAUGACCCAGUACGAGCGAGAGAAAGCGCUGAGGAAGAGCGCAGAAGAGAGAUAUAUUGAGUAUGAGGACUCGCAGGAGCAAGACAGGAAGGAUCUGCAGAACCGUGUGCAGCUUCUGGAGGCCCAAACCCGACAGAUGGAGCUCAAGACCAAGAACUACGCGGAUCAGAUUGGCCGAUUGGAAGAGCGGGAAGCCGAGCUGAAGAAAGAGUACAAUGCCCUCCAUCAGAGACACACAGAGAUGAUCCACAGUUACAUGGAGCACCUGGAACGAACCAAAUACCAGCAGCAAACGGGGGAGACGGCAGACACGGCCAAUCAGAGCCGCAUCAGGAAGGAGCGACCGGUCUCUCUGGGGGUUUUCUCGUUGCCGGGGAGCGAUGCGAUGAGCCCGGAUCUGCAUAGGGAAUCUGUGGAGACUCCAGGGACAGACACUUGGAGAUAUAACAAUCCCAGCCACCCUCGCUCCAACACCAGCCUCAAGUUGGAGGCGGACGGUAAGAGUUCACAGGACAGUUUGGAAACCCAUUGGACCGACUCCAGUAAGGAUGAACUCUCAGGCGCCGGUCAGGGACGAUCCAAACCCGAGUGUGACGAGCUCAUGGUGUCUGUGGAGGAGGAGGCCGAGGGUCCGCACGGGAACAUGGACUCGAGGAACGCCACACCAGACAGACUGAAGAACAUCAGCGUACAGGAGACGAAGGCAUCAGAGACGCCAUCCACAGGAGCCGAUCACAGUGAUAACCCAGAGCGGUCGGAGGUCCAGGCGAUCAUCGAGUCCACCCCAGAACUGGACAUGGACCUGAGCGGAUGCAAAGGCUCCAGCACUCCCAGUAAAGGCAUCGAGAACAUGGCGUUUGACCGCAACACCGACUCGCUCUUCGAGGAGCUCUCGUCUGCAGGAAAUGACCUCAUAGGAGACGUGGAUGAAGGCGCUGAUCUGCUGGACCUUAAUUUCUUUGGUAUGGGUCGUGAAGUCGAACAUCUGAUCCAUGAGAACACUCAGCUACUGGAGACAAAGAACGCUCUGAAUGUGGUGAAGAACGAUCUGAUCGCUCGUGUGGAUGAGCUGGUGUGCGAGAAAGACGUUCUUCAGGGAGAACUGGAGGUCCUGAAACAUGCCAAAGACAAACUGGAGGAGAGGAACAAACAGCUGGAGGACGAGCUCAAGCGAGUCCGAGCUGAGGCCGAGGAAGCCAAAGUGAAGACGAAAGAGGACGAUGAUAGCGACGUGCCGACGGCCCAGCGCAAGCGCUUCACACGAGUGGAGAUGGCUCGAGUCCUGAUGGAGAGGAACCAGUAUAAGGAGCGUCUGAUGGAGUUGCAGGAGGCCGUCAGGUGGACCGAGAUGAUCCGAGCAUCGAGAGAGAAUCCAGCCUUGUCGGAGAAGAAAAAGUCCAGUAUCUGGCAGUUAAGUUUCAGCAGACUCUUCAGCUCCUCGUCCGGCGCCGCGGGGAAGAAGCCGGACGCCCCGGUGAACCUGAAGUACAACGCUCCCACCGCACACGUGGUCCCGUCCGUCAAGAAGAGGAGCAGCACCAUCGCUCAGCUGCCCAGCGACAAAUCCAAAGCCUUCGACUUCCUCAACGAGGAGGCUGAGGUGGAGAGUGUGGUGUCCCGUCGAGAGCAGAAGAGAGCUCAGUAUCGGCAGGUGAAGGAUCACGUGCAGAAAGAGGACGGCAGGUUACAGGCGUGCGGAUGGAGUUUACCUCCCAAACACAAGGUUGCCGAUGGUGGACAAGCGGAGAACAAGAUCAAGAACCUGCCGGUGCCGGUGUACCUGCGGCCGCUGGAUGAGAAAGAUGCUUCCAUGAAGCUGUGGUGCGCUGCAGGAGUGAAUCUGUCAGGUGGUAAGACUCGUGACGGAGGCUCCAUCGUGGGAGCGAGUGUGUUUUAUAAAGACGUGUCUGGAGACGAGAGCGACUCCGUCAGCCUCAGGAGGAACAAGAGAGGAUCUCAGAGCAGCCUCGACCGACUCGAGCAGGAACUCACGGAGCAGGAGAAGGAGCUGAAGCAUCAGGAUGAGCUCUCCAGCCUGGUGUGGAUCUGCACCACGACACACGCCGCCUCAAAGGUCAUCGUGAUCGACGCCAACCAGCCCGGAAACGUCCUGGAGAGCUUCUUCGUCUGUAACUCUCACGUGUUGUGCAUCGCCAGCGUUCCAGGUGCUCGUGAGACGGAUUACCCCGUUGGAGAGGACCUGAGCGCUGGUGGCGAGGGUGAAGGUGCGCGUAAACUCAGCUGUGCAGACAGCACUGUGUCCACGGGCCCUGACAGGGGUCUGGAGGGCAUCACUGUCGUCGACUGCUCCACUGACGGACCCGUGGCCGUCCCUCAAACCGUCUGCAACAACUCCACCUCCGGGGAUGCGGUUUUGGGUCAGCACAGGCCGGACGCAGCGCCGUCAGCAGAAGAAGCUCUGGAGGCCACAGAAAGCAGCACUAGCACGCCUGUAGACGAGAGCCAGACCGGCAUCUACACCGAACACGUGUUCACCGACCCGCUGGGAGUGCAGAACAGCAGAGACACGCCGUCCAGCUACACUCAGAGGGAGUGUGACCUGGUGAAGGAUGGCGUCAGCUCAAUGUCUGAGGAACAGGACCUCAUGAGAGAGGAGGCCAGCAAGAUGAGCAGCGUUCUGCCUACGAUGUGGCUCGGCGCUCAGAACGGCUGCGUGUACGUUCACUCAUCCGUAGCGCAGUGGAGAAAGUGCCUUCACUCCAUCAAGCUGAAGGACUCUGUCCUGGGGAUUGUUCACGUGAAAGGACGUGUUCUGGUGGCCUUGGCUGAUGGCACGCUUGCGAUCUUUCACAGAGGUGCUGAUGGCCAAUGGGAUUUGACCAACUAUCACCUGCUGGAUUUGGGCCGUCCGCAUCACUCGAUCCGCUGUAUGACUGUAGUGCAUGACAAGGUGUGGUGCGGAUACAGGAACAAGAUCUUUGUGGUUCAGCCUAAAGCCAUGAAGAUAGAGAAAUCGUUCGACGCCCAUCCCCGUAAGGAGAGUCAGGUGAGGCAGCUGGCGUGGGACGGGGACGGCAUCUGGGUGUCUAUACGCCUGGACUCGACGCUCCGGCUGUUCCACGCACACACACACCAGCAUCUGCAGGACGUCGACAUCGAGCCCUACGUCAGCAAGAUGCUAGGCACCGGCAAACUGGGCUUCUCUUUCGUGAGGAUCACGGCGCUGACGAUUUCAUGCAACCGCCUGUGGGUCGGUACCGGAAACGGCGUCAUCAUCUCCAUCCCUCUAUCAGAGAGAAGUAAAGACACAUCAGCGUCGUCGAAUCGUCCCGGCGGUGCGAUCCGAGUCUACGGAGACGAGAGCAGUGAUAAGGUCACGGCGGGCACGUUUGUGCCCUUCUGCUCGAUGGCACACGCACAGCUGUGUUUCCACGGGCACAGAGAUGCCGUCAAGUUCUUCACCGCAGUCCCAGGUCAGGUGGUGUCGUCCACAGGCUCGGGUGUCGAGGCGAACGCUGACGAGUCUCCCACGCCAGAUCUGAUGAGAUCUGUGCUGGUCAUGAGCGGAGGAGAGGGGUACAUCGACUUCAGGAUGGGGGAUGAAGGAGACUCAGAAAACCUGGAUGAACCCACACUGAAACUACAGCCCUUCCUGGCCAAAGCUGAGCGCAGUCACCUGAUCGUGUGGCAGGUCAUGGCCAAUGAGGAGUGACGUCACCUGAUCAUGUGACGAGUCAUGGCCAAUGAGGAGUAAACCUUUCUCACUCAGUUCCGCUUUAUUCAAGAUGUUAAGCAUUGGCUUAUAGUAUUUCUCUCAUGCAAAUCUGUGUGUGUCCUGGGGCGAAAUCACAACAGACCACAAUGCACUGCAUCUUGAGGUUUCGUGUCGGGUGUAAACGGUUUUGUUUGUGGGAAGAAGAGGUUUCACAGAUCGAAAGCACUAUGAGUGCUAAAGCAAUAUCCUCAUAUGAAUGUCACCAAAGGACACAGAAAAGUAGAUUUUAUAGUCUCACUGCGAUCAUGUCGGAAACUUUACGUUGUGCUCGUCCGCUGUCUUUUUUAACACUAGAGCAGUUUUUGCAGGAAAGCAACGUGUAGAUAAACGAGCAGAGACAAAGGCAUAUUUUUAUGAGACUUUUGUACGCGUCUUUUAGACUGUAAUCUGCCGUUCUGCUGGGUCCGCUCGCAAACUGGCCAUCGCAGUAUUUAUUUCUACGAACGAGCAUUUGCUGUUCAGAAUGUAACUCUGUACAUUGAAUAUAAAUAUAUAAAAUUACAAAUAUGUAUAUGAAACGUAGACUGCUUGAUUUUAUUCUUUUUUAAACAUGAUUGAUCGAGUGUGGAUGGAUGGCUUAUAGAAAUGUACCUUCAAUGAUCUAUGCACUAUUUUUUAAGGACCGCAGGGGUGUGUGUGUGUGUGUGUUUAGAUGAGUGUGUUUGUGCAACAGGUAGAGUGAACCGUCCCAUGAUGACAUCAGCGUCCCAUAAAUAUGUCCAUCCUUCUCAUCUUUGCCUUAAAUCUAUUAAACUGACAUUCAUUUUUGGGGAACUUGCUGUGUUAUUAUUAUUAUUAUUAUUAUUAUGUGCAAUUGACAGGAUGAUUUAUAGAUGCACAUAAAAUGUCCUUUACUGAGAAGAAUCCAUAAAGCAAUUCAUAAAUAAAGGAAAGCAAACAUG